AUGAAAGGAAUACAGUCCUCAAUUUCAUCUUAGAAUGUAAAAUAGAACAAGUUCCUCAAGGACAUGAUUGAGGAUUCCAAAAAAGCUGCACAAAAGCAGUUAAAUACCAUCUCAUAAAUCCCAAAAAGUGUCAAGGAACUAGAUUAGAUAACAUAAAAUAAGAGAAAAGAAUUGGGACUUGGAGGCACUGGUGGAGGUACUGCUUCAAUUCAACAUGCCAAUAAAAAUAAAGAACUUAUUUAGGCUUAAAUGGAUAAGAAUCAACUUUUAUUAGAAAAGGCUUAAUAACUUUAAUAGAGACUAGAAGCUACCAACAAGAAAUUUCAAGAAACUUAACAAAGAAUAGCUCCUGCUAAGGACUCACUCGCUAAAAGAGACCUCCAAAAUUCAAAAUUAGUUCCUUUAGAAUCGAAACCUCUUUACCCGAACACAAUUCUCUAAACAAAUAAUCCAGAAGAAGUAAAGCAAGUUAUUGAGUUAAUGAUCGCUUAAUAAUAAUGCUAAUCAGUUUAAGAAUAGAGUGUAUUAAACUACAAUCUGCUUUUUAAGGAUCCAGAUUUUGGGCCAGAGGCAUAAUAUAAUCCGUUAUAUUUUGAAGGAGAUCUUGAUCAAAAAUUAGCUUAGGAAUUGGAAUUUUCCUUGAGAAAAUUAAGUUGGAUGAGACCUUAAGAAAUAGCUCCUAUGCCGAAAAUGGCUGGAUUUACUGAAUUAGAUUUAUCUAAGGCUUCACAAGAGGAAAUCUUAUCUAUGAAAUCUGAUUACAAAAUCCAUGGACACAGAAUUAUUUAGGGUAAAUUAGAAGAUAGAUGGUUCCUAAGUUCUUUGAGUAUGAUUGCAGCAGAACAGAAAGUUUUUGAUUAAAUGAUUUGUAGAGAAGAAGGAUUCUACUAAUAUAGGAAAUACGGAGUAUACGUCUUUAGAUUCUUUAAGAAUGGUUAACUCUAUUAUGUUAUAAUUGAUGACAGAUUACCAUGUCUUUAAAAAGAUAAUGGUCAGCCAGUACCUUUUUUUGCUAGAUGUGAAAACUCAAAUCUAUUUUGGGUAUCACUUUUAGAAAAAGCCUUCGCCAAACUACAUGGUAGAUACUAUGCACUUUUAAUUGGUACUCCUGAGGAAGCUAUCCAAGACAUGAUUGGUAUUUAUCCUGAAACUGUCUAUAUUGAUCCUCAAUAAAAUACUAAUAAAGAUAAUCUUUUCAAUUCCUUGAGAGUUCUUAGUUAUAAUCACUGCAUUUUAGGUUGCAAAUUGGAUUUCGAGAUGUUUCCAAGCUUGGAUUAAGAAAAAAAGUAAAAUUCUUACAGAUAAGCACAACUAAAGGGCAUUCAAUAAAGAUUUUUCUAUACAAUAUUGGAUGUAAGAGAAGUUAAAACAGAGGAGAGGGGAGCAGAACCUUCACAAGUUCAUAAAUUAGUUAGACUGAAAAAUCCUUGGGCUAAUUCAUAAGAGUGGAAUGGAGCAUUCAGUGAUGUAGAUCCAGUUUGGAAUCAAGAUCUGAAGAGUAAAUUUAACAAUAUGAAUGUCUUAGAUGGAUAUUCUGAUAAUGAAAGGUACAUCCAUAGAUGGAAUGUUGAAGAUGGGAUAUUUGUCAUCAAGUUAGAUGACUUCGUUGAGAUGUUUAACUGUAUAAUAAUAGGAAGAGAUUACCCAGAUAGCUACUUUGGAGUGAAAUUUGAAGAUGAAUGGGCUCCUAGUUUUGGUUUCCCUCAUCCUAAAAAUCCUGACUGGCUAAGAAAUAAGCAAUUCAUUUUUACAUUUGAUAAUCCCUUGGUAAAAGAAGUGAGAGUAACUGCCAUCAUUCAAUAGAAUGAUCCAAGAUUCAUUACUUAGCUUCAUCCUCCAUUCAAGGAUCACAGAGUAAAUAUCGGGCUGAUUGUACUUAAAAUGAAUAAGAUUGAGGAUAGAGUUAAAUUUUAUGAUACGAAUAAAAAGGUUCUGAUAAAAAAGACUUAGCCUUCAAGAUCUGUAGAAUGCUCUUUCACAAUUACAUAAGGUAAAUACUGUAUAAUACCUCUCACAAAGUACUCUAAUGAUGUGCAGAAAUAUUAGCUUAAAUUCUACUUUAAUUGCUAGCCUGCAGAUAUCAUUUUUGAAACUAAACCUUUCAAAAUAAUUCUAGAUAAUAAUAUGACAUAAGAUAUUUAAGAGACUAGCAUAAGUAAAAAAGAUCUAUUAAAUUAGUUAAAUAAUAAGUUUUAUGAUGCAGCAAAGCCAGGGGAUAAUAAAUAAAUUAUAAAAUCAGCAUUACCAGAUAGAUCAACAGCAGCAUUAGCCUCUAACAUUCUAAGAACUAGCAUCUUUAGACCAGAUAACGAACAAAUAAAGAAAUAAAUAGGAUCAAAUUAAUUUGUCUGGAAUGUAAUGACACCAUUUGAGCUAGAAAGUAUUAUCAACCCUCCAUCUAAGGUAGAUCUAAAAAAAAGAGAUCAAAAUACUGUUUCCGAUGCCAAAAGAUAUCAAUAGAUGCUUGGAGAUUUUUAUGAAGAAGAUGAAAAUGAUUUUGGGUGUAGAUUAUAUGAUUAAGAUUUCGAUUAACUCUAGGCUUUUGAAAGAAAUUAAAUUUUAAUAGGAAUUGAUCCUGAUGAUCCCGAUGAAACAUAAAAGGGAAAAACUAAAGAGUAGAUAAACAAAUAAUCUGAUAUACAUAGACAUGCUGUUGAAAUGACUAAAGAUGAACUUGAUUUAUCUUAUUAUUACAUUGGUUAAGACGGUUUUCAUGCAAUUUUGCCAUAGCUUGAGCAAAAUUAUCUAUCUUGGAUUACUAAACUAAAUGUGGCAGGUAAUGGUCUAAGUGAUUUUAGCAUUAUUGAAUUGGUAGAUAGCUUAAAGCAAAUUCAUAAUUAGACACUAGAAUAUUUAGACAUUAGUGAUAACAAAAUUAGUGAUUAGGGUAUUCAGGCUUUGAUUGAUCUUUGUUCUAAAAAUAGAUCUUUGAAAGAGAUUGUUACUGAAGGCCUAACUGAUCCUUCCCCAAAUAUAAUGACUAGAUUAGAAACAGCAUUAAAGAAAAACUAAAUGGGUCUUCCAGAUUCCAAGAUUGAUUAGAUGUAUCAAACAGCUAAAUAAGUAGAUCAAGCAAUGAAUUAUCAUUUAUAAUUUGUUUGA